AAACGAACGACAUAUUUAACAGAAGUGACGUUGAUAAAGUUUUACAGUCAACUUAACAGCCAACAUGGAUGUUGGAUUCGGCUUUAGUCUACCCAAUUGGCUUCUUCUAGCUUCUACGGUUAUCAUUCUUUUUUAUAUUUACGUGGAAAAAAAAUUUAGAUACUGGAAAGAUCAAGGAGUUGAAUCGCAAACAAAACUUGAAUUUUUAAUAGGAACAAUAAGAGCUUUAAGAAAGCCGUUUCACGAGAAUGUUCUUGCUACUUAUAAAAAUCACGGUAAAAUAUUUGGAACUUGCAUGCCAUCAUAUGAUUUAUGGAUAUCUAAACCAGAGCUGAUUAAACAUAUCCUUGUAAAAGACUUCCCAACUUUUCGUAAUAGACUGAAGAUGGAUUUUGGAGAUUCAACGGUUAACCGUAUGGUUAGUAUACUUGUUGAUGAAGAUUGGAAAAGAGUAAGAAAUUUGAUGAGUCCGACAUUUACCAGUAGCAGAAUGAGAAAAAUGGCAAAUUUAGUUAAACAAUGUGCGGAAUCAUUAGCCGCACGUUUGAAUAAAAACGCCGAAAAAGGUGAAAAAUUUAAUUUCAAAGACUUAAUGAGUGAAUUUGCUAUCGACGUCACUGCAUCAACUGCAUUUGCUACGAAACUGAAUGCACAGGAAAAUCAGAACAGCGAAUUUGUGAAUAAUGCUCGAAUGGUUUCAAAUAGAAAUAUGUCUAAACUAACUUUUUUUGCGUUUUUCGUUGCACCGAAACUUAUUCGCUACUUAAAAUUGGAAUUUUUUCCGAGGAAAAUAAUUGAAUAUUUCCGGAACGUCGUUCUGAAAAUCUUGGAAGAGAGAAAACAAAAGAAAGUUAGAGGAAACGAUUUUCUUCAAUUAAUGAUGGACGCUCAGGAAGGAUUACUUGAAAACACCGCCGAAGACUUGAAAGAAGUAGAGAAUGAAAUAAAUAAUUACAAAGUUCAACCUAAACAUAAAACAAUGACACUCGACGAAAUUGUUGCUCAGUGUGUUCUUUUUAUUAUCGGUGGCCACGAUGCAACGACAACAACCAUGACAUUCUUAGCUUAUCAAAUGGCAUUAAAUCCAGAAUGCCAAGAGAAGUUGUUGAAGGAAAUAGAUGAAACAUGGGAAACACAUGGUGACGUAGAUUUCGAUAUUGUUAGUAAAAUGGUUUAUCUCGAUGCGGUAUUAAACGAAACGUUGAGAAUACAAAAUCCAGGUAUAAUGUUACAAAGAACAGCUUCUGAAGAUUAUGAAUUAGCUGAUACAGGUAUAACAAUAAAAAAAGGAAAUAACGUCAUAAUUCCGACACAUGGUAUUCAUCACGAUCCGGAAUAUUUUCCAGAACCAGAAAAAUUUAAACCCGAAAGAUUUUUACCGGAAAAUAGAGAAUCCAUUAAACCAUAUACAUUUUUGCCUUUUGGCGAAGGUCCACGUAACUGUAUUGGCAUGAGAUUUAUCACUAUGGUAAUGAAAAUUUGCACAGUUUAUAUGCUACGUGAUGUCAAACUAGUUGCCACAGAAGAAACACGGAACGUACUUAACAGCAAUGACGUUGAUAAAGUUUUACAGUCAACUCUAACAGCCAACAUGGAUGUCGGAUUUGGUUUUACUCUACCCAAUUGGCUUAUUCUAGCUUCUAUGGUUGUCAUUCUAUUUUAUAUUUACGUGGAAAAAAAAUUCAGGUACUGGAAAGAACAAGGAGUUGAAUCCGAUACAAAGCUUGAAUUUGUAACGGGAACGAUCGCAGCUUUACGAAAGCCGUUUCACGAGGUUAUUCUUGCUGCUUAUAAAAAACACGGUAAAAUAUUUGGAACUUGUAUGCCAACACACGACUUGUGGAUAUCUAAACCAGAACUGAUUAAAUACAUCCUUGUGAAAGACUUUCCAACUUUUCAUAAUAGAGUGAAAUUUGAUUUUGGAGAUGAAAUUUUUAACCGUAUGGUUAGUGUACUGGUUGAUGAAGAUUGGAAAAGAGUAAGAAAUUUGAUGAGUCCGACAUUUACCAGUAGCAGAAUGAGAAAAAUGGCAAAUUUAGUUAAACAAUGUGCAGAAUCGUUAGCCGCACGUUUCAACGAAAUCGCUGAAAAAGAACAAAAAUUUAAUUGCAAAGAGUUAAUAAGUUCAUUUACUAUCGACGUCACUGCAUCCACUGCAUUUGCUACGAAAGUGAAUGCACAGGAAAAUGAAAACAGCGAAUUUGUGAAGAAUGCUCGAAUGAUUGCAAAUAGAAAUAUAUCAAAACUAACGUUUUUUAUGUUUUUCGUUGCACCGAAACUUAUUAGUUACUUAAAAUUGGAAAUUUUCCCGAGAAAAGUAUUAGAAUACUUCAGGAACGUCGUUUUGAAAAUCUUGGAAGAGAGAAAACAAAAGAAAGUUAAAGGAAACGAUUUUCUUCAAUUAAUGAUGGACGCUCAAGAAGGCGUACUUGAAAACACCGCCGAAGAUUUGAAAGAAGUAGACAAUGAAAUAAAUAAUUACAAAGUUCAACCUAAACACAAAACAAUAAGCCUCGAAGAUAUCGUUGCUCAGAGUAUUAUUUUUAUUAUCGGUGGCCACGACCCAACAACAGCAACUUUGACAUUCUUCUGCUAUGAAAUGGCAUUAAAUCCAGAAUGCCAAGAGAAAUUGUUGAAGGAAAUAGACGAAAUAUGGGAAACACAUGAUAACGUGGAUUUCGAUAUUGUCAGUAAAAUGACUUAUCUUGAUGCAGUUUUAAAUGAAAUUUUACGAAUACACAAUCCAGGUGUAACGUUACAAAGAACAGCUUCUGAAGAUUAUAAAUUACCUGAAACGAAUAUAACAAUAAAAAAAGGAAGUAGCGUCAUAAUUCCGACAUACGGCAUGCAUCACGAUCCCGAAUAUUUUCCAGAACCAGAAAGAUUUAAACCCGAAAGAUUUUUACCCGAAAAUAGAGAAUCCAUUAAACCAUAUACAUUUUUGCCUUUUGGCGAAGGUCCACGUAAUUGUAUUGGGAUGAGAUUUGUCACUAUGGUAAUGAAAAUUUGCAUAGUUUACAUGCUGCGUGAUAUCAGACUAGUUGCCACGGAAGAAACACGGAAACCAUUAGAAUAUUAUUAUGGACAAAAUGUACAAGUGAAGGAAGUGAUUUUGAAAGCUGAAAAGAGAACUCGAUUUCAUUAAUUUGGUUGACAAAAUUCCUACAGUACAGAACAACUGUUUCUGUAAUUUAAAAAGAAAAUAAUAAUUGUAUUUAUAACUUUCUAAUAAAUAAUUUGACAAGAGUA